AUGGCAACCCCAACCAAAACUUCAUCAUCAUCAUCAAGAAAACACAAACAAUCUCAACACAAAACCGUCGAUCCUUCGUCUUCCAUUAACUCCCGAUUCGAAGCCUAUAACCGUCUUCAAGCAGCCGCAGUUGCAUUUGGUGAAAAACUUCCUAUUCCUGAAAUUGUAGUCAUUGGUGGUCAGUCUGAUGGAAAAAGCUCACUCCUUGAAGCACUUCUUGGCUUCCGGUUCAAUGUUCGAGAAGUCGAGAUGGGUACUCGUAGACCUCUUAUAUUACAAAUGGUUCAUGAUCCUACUGCUCUCCAUCCUAAAUGCCGGUUUCAGGAGGAGGAUUCCGAGGAAUAUGGAAAUUCUAUGAUGUUAGCUUCUGAAAUUGCAGACACCAUUAAAUCAAGAACUGAUGCAAUGUUAAAGAAGACUAAAACUGCUGUCUCUUCUAAGCCGAUUGCGAUGAGAGCUGAAUAUGCCCAUUGUCCUAAUCUCACCAUUAUUGACACUCCUGGAUUUGUUCUCAAGGCAAAGAAGGGUGAACCAGAAAGCACCCCCGAGGAGAUCCUGUCUAUGGUCAAGUCAUUGGCUAGCCCACCCCACCGCAUCCUUGUAUUCCUUCAGCAAAGUAGUGUGGAGUGGUGCUCAUCUUUGUGGCUUGAUUCUAUUCGAGAAAUUGAUCCAACCCUUCGCAGAACAAUAAUUGUUGUUUCCAAGUUUGAUAACCGGCUCAAGGAAUUCACCGAUCGGUGGGAAGUGGAUAGCUAUUUAAGUGCAAGUGGUUACCUUGGAGAGAACACAAGACCGUUUUUUGUGGCUCUCCCGAAGGACAAAACGAUAGUUUCAAAUGAUGAGUUUCGUAGGCAAAUAGCACAAGUGGAUGUUGAUAUAUUGCACCAUUUACAAAAAUCUGUCAAAGGUGGAUUUGAUGAAGAGAAAUAUAGGUCACAAAUUGGCUUUAGUUGUCUCAGAGAUUAUCUAGAAUCUGAACUUCAAAAGAGAUAUAAAGAGGCUGCACCAGCAACUUUGGCAUUGCUUGAACAACGUUGCAGUGAAGUCACUUCAGAAUUAAAUUCCAUGGACUCCAAAAUACAGGCUACUUCUGAUGUUGCUCACCUCCGUAGAUCAUCAAUGUUGUUUGCAUCUGCCAUCUGCAACCAUCUGGGGGCACUGAUAGAUGGAGCAGCAGAUCCUGACCCAGAGCAAUGGGGAAGAACCACAGAACAGGAAAGAUCAGACAGUGGUUUAGGAAGCUGGCCCGGUGUUGUAGCUGAUAUAAAGCCACCUAAUAGUACUCUUCACCUUUAUGGUGGUGCUGCAUUUGAAAGAGUUAUGCAUGAGUUUCGAUGUGCUACAUAUUCUAUCGAAUGUCCUCCAGUGUCAAGAGAGAAGGUUGCAAAUAUAAUACUUGCUCAUGCUGGUCGAGGUGGGGGAAGAGGAUUUGUAGAAGCCGCUGCUGAACUGGCACGUUCUGCUGCAAGGUCAUGGCUUGCCCCUAUGCUUGACACAGUUUGUGAACGGCUUGCAUUUGUGCUACGUAACCUCUUCGAUUUAGCCAUGCAGAGAAAUCAUCUCUGCCAUGCUGAUUGUAAGUUCUUAAACUUAAAUAAGUUGGUGGAUAUGGAUGGAUACAUCGGUUUUCAUGCUGCUUUAAGGCACUCAUACAAUUGUUUCAUUACAAAUCUUGCAAAAGAGUGCAAGCAACUUGUUCGGCAUCACUUAGAUUCAGCGACUAGCCCCUAUUCUCAAGUGUGUUAUGAGAAUGAAGUCCAAUUUGGUUUUGGAGGAAACCCUUAUAGAUACCAAUCUUCAGCUAGUUCAGUAUGUCUUGAGUUGUCACAUGAAACGCCGAAAGGCCAAGAAAAUAUACCCCCACCUCCACAAAAGAAGGCUCAUGAGGACACUACACCUGGAAAACUUGUGGAAGCACGAGAAGCUUAUAUGACCGUUCCUGAGACGCCUUCACCUGACCUGCCGUCUGAUGGAAACUAUGUCAUUAAGAAGGAACUAGGGAAGUACAUAGAAGGUGGAGCUAAGAAUCGUCAUUCUAGAUUAAAUAACAGCAAACAGUUGGAUAGUUUCAGAAUUCAAAAAGGAGGUGGCAAUAUGAGCUUACGAUCAGGCUCAUCAUACACAGAGAUCUGUUCUUUAGCUGCACAGCAUUUUGCACGCAUACGUGAAGUGUUGAUUGAACGCAGUGUGACUUCAGCGUUAAAUUCUGGCUUUCUAACCCCAUGUCGCCAACGUCUUAUGAUGGCACUAGGACUGGAUCUAUUUGCUGUGAAUGAUGAGAAAUUUAUGGACAUGUUUGUUGCCCCGGGAGCAAUUGAUUUCCUCCAGGAUGAACGAGAGUCUCUUCAGAAACGUCAAAAGAUCUUGCACAGUUGCUUGGCUGAAUUCAAAUCUGUUGCAAAAGCACUCUAAAACGGCUCAUUCUUUGCAUCUCAUGACUCAUGGGCACAUAUCAAACCCAAGCCCAAUAACUCUUAACAUUCUUGGUUAUAUGAGUCGUUAUUUUUGCUUUCAGUUAAACACAAGAGAGUUUUCGUAUUUACAUAGAACCAAUUCGUCUACAUGACCGGUUAUAUAUCUCAUAUCUGUAUAUGAUAUCAAAUGAUGAUGCUUGUAAGAUUGUUUCAUAGAA